AUGCGUCGAUCAAUACUGAGACAGAAAGAGCGAUGGCAGCUCAGCUACGAACUCCCGCACGAAGCAUUCAGAUCGCACGUCUACCCUCGACAGUCUUCAAAUGGCUCCACCGUCGUGGUCUACGGGCACGAGCAAGGUCUGCGUCUUGUGUGGUACGCUGGCAAGGGAUUUAAGCCGCCAAAGAAAGAUCUCCCAACACCAAAGAUAAAUGGGACUGCGAAAACCGACCCUAUGGUCAUCGACAUCGACGACGAGGACGAGGAUACGCCAGGGUCGGCAGAAACAGAAACAAGGCCUGCUGAAUUCAAACAAGAUGAGGAGGAAGUGGACCCGUCGGCGCCAUACCGAGAUGUAUUACGGCACAUCGACAUACCAUUAGGAACGGCAGCCUCGAGGAUCGCAGUGCCAUAUAUUGUAAAGGAUCUCGCCCAAGCCCCUCCAGAGUCAUGGCCUGCCAUUUACAACGAUCGCAUUAUCGUCGCUGCAGCUUGCACUGAUCUAAGCAUCCGAGUCAUCUCCACUCCUCUUGAUCCUCCCGCUCCAGAAGUGCACGACGUCUCCAGAAUGGAUGUACAAAUAUUGAAAAUAGAAGGCCCAAACUCCCACCAGCAGUUCGUCUCAGACGUUGCAAUCACUCAUACUGGAGUUGUUUUGAAGGAACAAGAGGAUGUCGAGGAACCAACUCAAGCAAGGCCUCAAACUCGCUCACAAUCUCAAUCUAAGCGGGAGACUGCAGAGGCAGAGUCAGUACAUUGGUCGCUCCUCGUGGCAUCAAUCUCGUGUACUGGUGCAGGACUGUUACUGGUGCAUCAACUUCCGCUACAAAAGAAUCAACUUGCCCCAAAUGCAGAUUAUGCUCACCCAAUCAGAAGGACAUACCUCCGUUCCUCGUCGAUGAAUGCGAGGGUCUCAUUCAAUACUUCUCCGUAUCCUGCCGAACGACAUUCGACCUUGCUCAUUACCCUUCCUGCAGAUUCCACUGUCAAGGUCUACCAAGUUUUUCCAUCACGCACUCGAGAGCGUAGAGGAUCUACUGCAACAUCUGAUUCUGUGUCGAGCACGCGCUCAUCAAGGUUUCUCACCAAUGAUCGAGGAAAAUUUCUCAUCACAAUGCUCCCGUCCUUCCGACCAGAGAACAUGGAAGUUGUCCAGCAGAGACGAAAGGCAGUCCUGGAUGCGAGAUGGCUCAUCGCUGGCCGUGCCGUCGCAACUUUGCUCGAAGAUGGCGAAUGGGGGAUCUGGGACCUAGAGGCCGUAGGACCUACGUCUUCCAGCUCCGGUGCCAAUCUCCUCCGUGGGCAUGGAAACAUCUCAGGCAUUCAAGGUGGCUCCUUGACUCGGUUUGCGAUCCGGUCGCACAUCUUUCCUGCCGUCGAGUCCAAACAGAAAUCUUCUCAUGCAGAGGCACAACCAACGUCAGGUUCUUUGGCACCGAUGACCCCGUCGACCCGUAAGGUGCGAUCCGCGGGCUUAUUCCAAGGCUCAAAACUCACCAACAACGCAUUAAAAUCGAAUAACCAACGAUGCCACGGUUCCAUCUACGUCGAGGAAAGGCUCCCGAACCGUGUCGCGCACGACGAAUCCGUGCUCAUCAGCUACGCCGAUGAAACCAUAUACGUCCCUUCCAUCCUCUCUUUCUGGAAGGGUGAGUCGAAACCAAUUCGCCUCCCACCUGCAAGGCUAGGAGGUCAGGUACCAUUGUCCAUCAGCCUCCUUCCUAGCUCAGAGAGUUCAAACAGCAUGUUUUCUGGGACCAGCAUCUUCGACAACGCACUGCUCUCUCCUCCUGACUUGCUCAUCCAAACCUCUCACCGCCUCAUCCUCUCACUGAAUCCGUUAUCUUCACGUUCCAGCGCAGUCGACCCAUCCUCACAGACAAUAGCUGCCCCGUCGGACCAAGCAUUACUCGCGUCCGGCAAUCUGGAUGUGGAGGGUAUGGACCGCCUUCUUGAUGACAUGGGCGGCGUAGGUGCAACUAAGAAGCCCAUGAACCUCUUUACGAAGAGUGUAGGGUUCCGCAUUGAUGAUGACGAUGGAGAUGAAGAUAUCGACAUGGGGAGCCCGACGCCGGCGAAAGGCAGGGGAUUGAGGAUUCCCAAUGGGAAAAAAGUGCUCGAAGGUGAGUCAGCAGUGCCGCAGAGGAGGCUAUUCACGUGA